AUGGUGUGGUUACCAUGCAUGGGCGCACGAGAUGAAGUGGAGGAGCACUCCAAACAAAUCGACCGCGAGAUCAAACAAUGGAUCAAAUCUUAUAAUCAAGCUAUAAAAUUGUUAUUACUGGGCACUGGCGAGAGUGGCAAAACAACGAUUAUAAAACAAAUGAAAAUUCUACACGUUCAAGGAUUCUCAGUGAGUGAACGAGCAGAGAAAGCAAAUCUUAUUCGACACAACAUUCAUGAAUCAAUCCACGACAUUGUAGACAAUAUGAACAUCCUGAACAUUCCACUACAAAAACCAAAGAAUGAAUACUCAAGAGAAUAUAUUUUAAAACUUGGACCCGAGGGACCUACUAAAUAUACAGAAGAAUAUUUUGACCACGUAAGAACUUUAUGGCGAGAUGGAGGUGUCAGAGAAUGCUUUAGACGAUCAAAUGAAUAUCAACUUAUAGAUAGCGCUGAAUAUUUCCUAGAUAGAAUAGAUCUUAUAGAAAAAACUGAUUAUGUACCGUCAGACGCGGACAUAUUGAGGUGUCGACAGAAAACCACGGGCAUACAGAAGAUUGAAUUCAAAGUCAAGGUACCAAAAUCAAUGCAAGGUGGUGUACAAGAAUUUUGGAUGUUCGACGUCGGUGGCCAAAGGGGGGAGAGGAAAAAAUGGAUACAGGUAUUCGAAGGUAUAAACGCGAUCUGGUUUCUGGUGGCAUGCAGCGACUUCGACCAGACACUGAGAGAGGACGCCACGCAGAACAGACUCAAAGAAGCUCUGGCACUGUUUGAAGAUGUCUGGCAAAGCAGGUUCCUCCUGGAAGCCGGUUUAAUCCUGUUCUUAAAUAAACAAGACCUGCUAGAAAGCAAGGUGGCUCAGGGUCGCAGUAUAGCACCCUACUUCCCGAAGUAUAAUGAGUUUGAAGCUGCCGGCGACGAGUACACAAGGACCAAGCUGUUUAUUAGAAGUCUGUUCGUGGAUCUAAUAACAAAGAAACGUGAACGCCGUGCUUUAGACGCGUCAGCCGAACGGUUCGUUAUCGCCGAAGCCAGACGUCCGAGAGAAUGUUACUUUCAUUUCACAACGGCUACUGAUACGGACAACGUACGCACCGUAUUCAGAGACGUACAUCAAAUUAUACUGACACAUAUGCUUAGUAAUUUGGGGGUUUACUAA